UCCCGAUCAUAUGUUUUGAGAUUGUCGAGAUGCACGUGUCCGACCGUGUGCUCCGACAAUUUGGGCUACAACAUAUCCUGGACCCUGUGGAGAUAAUAGAGAGAAAUCCCAGAAAAGGUGCACAUCGUCAGGAUUGGGAACAUAUUUGCGAUGCUUACAUCGGGAGGUGGGAUUACAAGGAAGAACAUCUGCAGAUGGAGAGGGCCGACACACCUGACCUAGGUGUGUAUUUGCGAUGGUAUUGGGGGAUUACUCGCCGGUGGAUAUUUCAGGAGAACAAAGCCCCUAAGGAGUACAUACCAAGAGGCCUAGUUGAGAGAGAGUUGGUACAAGAGCUCGAAGAACUUUCUACUAUGGCGCAUGAUGCAAUCCGAACGACUACCGAGCCAGGGCCGAGGAACACGUUCAUUCGCAUGAUCAAAAAGAUUCGAUCCGCUCUGCAGAGGACGCGUAAUGCAAGACGUGAUGGACGUGAGGAGCGACCAAUUGAGUAUAGUCGUCGACGGUUCCGAGGACACACGGGGACAGGCUCAAGCGGUGCAUAUGAUGAAGCUGGCGGCUCACAGUAGGCCCAAGCUGGAUGUUCACAGUCGGUUCGAGUCGAUGAGGAUGUCAUGCACUCCCAACUUCACACACAACCGGACGAGAAACUCAUCCGAGCUCACGUCGAAGGUGAACGUGUCAGGGGGAAGGGGAGAGGGAGAGGGAGAGGAAAGGGAGUUGUAUCCGAUUGAAACUGAAUAUUAUGUAUCUGAUUGAGUAUUGAUAGGAUGUUUGCGUUUGAAACUAAAUAUUAUGUAUUCGAUUGAGUAUUAAUUAUUAGUAUGUGAAUUACAUGGUAUGUAUCCGAUUGAUUAUGGAUUUUCAGUUAAGAUUAUUGAUUGGUAUGUGUAUUAUUGUGAUUAUGAUUGUGAUUGCAUUGUGCAUUGAUUGUGGAUUGAUAUGUAACAGCAGGAGUUUGAAUUUUCAGCUGACAGUGUGUGAGUGAGUGUGCCAAACGAUCGGGGUUGGUAACCCCGACCAUUUUGUGCACGCACACAAAAUGUUCGGGGUUCCCAAACCCGACUAUUUUGUCAUAGAAAAAUUCUCCUCUACUAAAUGGUCGGGGUUUCCAACCCCGACCGUUUUCACUUCCAACGAGCAACUAGGCCAGAGCUCUCUGCCAAAUGAUCGGGUUUGGGAACCCUGACGAAUUAGACAGGGUACUAAAUUAGUCGGGAUUGGCAACCCCGACUAAUUUA